CGCUGAGCUGUUUCCGGGUUGCUUUGAAAGUUUUACUUUCGGUUUGGAUGCGCAGCAAACACUUUCCUCCAGAUGAGCUUCAUUUACAGAUGAAGGUAGAAGGUUUGAACUGAGCAGCAUGGAUCAGUGUGAGGACAGAGAGGACAGAGUCCCUCCCUCUAAAACCACUCUGUGUGGAGAACAUGAGGACCAGAACAAAGUUCAGAGUCCAGAGCAUCGUCCAGAUUCUCCUGGAAAUGAACCCAGCUGCGUGUCCUUCAAGAGCAACGUUUCAAAGGAUAUUUUUACGGACUUUAACAACCAACAGCAUCGUCCUCUGAAGAGGGCCUAUCAGCAUAACCCAGAUUCUCCUGGAUAUGAACCCAGCUGUGUGUCCUUCAAGAGCAACGUUUCAAAGGAUAUUUUUACAGACUUCAGGAAUCAACAACCUCCUGCUCCUAAGAGGGCCUAUCAGCAUAACCCAGAUUCUCCUGGAUAUGAACCCAGCUGUGUGUCCUUCAAGAGCAACUUUUCAAAGGAUAUUUUUACAGACUUCAGGAACCAACAACCUAAGAGAGUGGACCAGCAGAACUCAGAGGUUCCCAGUGGUCCGUCUGCCCAGCAUCAUCAAACACAGCUGGACUCCAUAUUUAUGCUGCUGGAGGACAACAUUGUUACUUUUGUGAAGAACGAGCUGAAGAAGAUCCAGAAGGUUCUGAGUCCAGAUUACCCAGAAGGCUUAGAGAGUCAGUGGGGGGAUGAGGAGGUGUUGGAAGGUGAGGAUGAAGAGCAGAUGAAGAGCAGCAGAGAGGCUUUUGUGAAGAUCACACUGAACUUCCUGAAGAAGAUGAAGCAUGAGGAGCUGGCUGAACAUCUGCACAAACCUUCUAAUGGAGUUGGCCAAUCCUCUAUAAAGCCUCGGCUAAAGAAGAGGUUCCAGUGUGUGUUUGAGGGGAUUGCUAAAGCAGGAAGUCCAACCCUUCUGAACCAGAUCUACACAGAGCUCUACAUCACAGAGGGAGGGACUGGAGAGGUCAAUGAUGAACAUGAGGUCAGACAGAUUGAAACAGCAUCCAGGAAACCACACAGACCAGAAACAACCAUCAGACAAGAAGACAUCUUUAAAGUCCCACCUGGAAGAGAUCAACCAAUCAGAACAGUGAUGACAAAGGGAGUGGCUGGCAUUGGGAAAACAGUCUUAACCCAGAAGUUCACUCUGGACUGGGCUGAAGACAAAGCCCACCAGAACAUCCAGUUCAUAUUUCCAUUCACCUUCAGAGAGCUUAAUGUGCUGAAAGAGAAAAAGUUCAGCUUGGUGGACCUUGUUCAUCACUUCUUUACUGAAACCAAAGAAAUCUGCAGCUUUGAACACUUCCAGGUUCUGUUCAUCUUUGAUGGUCUGGAUGAGAGUCGACUUCCUCUGGACUUCCACAAUACUAAAAUUUUAACUGACCCUGAAAAGUCCACCUCAGUGGAUGUUCUGCUGACAAACAUCAUCAGGGGAAACCUGCUGCCAUUCGCUCACCUCUGGAUAACCACACGACCUGCAGCAGCCAAUCAGAUCCCUCCUGGCUAUGUUGACAUGGUGACGGAGGUCAGAGGAUUCAAUGACCCCCAGAAGGAGGAGUACUUCAGGAAGAGAUUCAGAGAUGAUGAGCAGGCCAGCAGGAUCAUCUCCCACAUCAAGACAUCACGAAGCCUCCACAUCAUGUGCCACAUCCCAGUCUUCUGCUGGAUCACUGCUACGGUUCUGGAGAAGGUUCUGGGAACCAGAGAGGGAGGAGGUCUGCCCAAGACCCUGACUGAGAUGUACAUCCACUUCCUGGUGGUUCAGACCAAAGUGAAGAAGGUCAAGUAUGAUGGAGGAUCUGAGACAGAUCCACACUGGACUCCAGAGAGCAGGAAGAUGAUUGAGUCUCUGGGAAAACUGGCUUUUGAUCAGCUGCAGAAAGGAAACCUGAUCUUCUAUGAAUCAGACCUGACAGAGUGUGGCAUCGAUAUCAGAGCAGCCUCAGUGUACUCAGGAGUGUUCACACAGAUCUUUAGAGAGGAGAGAGGGCUGUACCAGGACAAGGUAUUCUGCUUCGUCCAUCUGAGUGUUCAGGAGUUUCUGGCUGCUCUUCAUGUCCAUCUGACCUUCAUCAACUCUGGUGUCAAUCUGAUAGAAGACCAGUCAAACAUCUCUGAUUGGUCUAAAUUAUCUAGCAAACUAAAUCUAACAAGUCUCCAUCAGAAUGCUGUGAACAAGGCCUUACAGAGUAAAAAUGGACACCUGGACUUGUUCCUCCGCUUCCUCCUGGGUCUUUCAGUGGAGACCAGUCAGGCUCUCCUGCGAGGUCUGCUGACACAGACAGAAGGCAGCUCACAGGCCGAUGAGGAAACAGUUCAUUACAUCAAGGAGAAGAUCAAUGAGAACCUGUCUGCAGAGAAAAGCAUCAACCUGUUCCAUUGUCUGAAUGAACUGAAUGAUCGUUCUCUGGUCCAGAAGAUCCAACAGUCUCUGAGUUCAGGAAGUCUCUCCACAGAUAAACUGUCUCUUGCUCAGUGGUCAGCUCUGGUCUUCAUCUUGGUGUCAUCAGGAAAAGAUCUGGAUGUGUUUGACCUCAAGAAAUACUCUGCUUCAGAGGAGGCUCUUCUCAGGCUGCUGCCAGUGGUCAAAGCAACUCACAAAGCCGUGUUAACAGGCUGCAAUUUGUCAUUCAGAAGCUUUGAAGCUCUCAAUUCAGUCCUGAGUUUUCAGUCAUCUAUUCUAAGAGAGCUAAACCUGAGUAAUAAUGACCUGCAAGAUGCUGGAGUGAAGACGCUAUGUGCUGGACUAAGGCGUCCAGAGUGCGCACUAGAGACACUCAGCCUCUCAGGCUGCUUGAUCACAGAGGAAGGCUGUUCUUCUCUGGCCUCAGCUCUGAAAUCCAACCCCUCCCAUCUAAAAGAGCUGGACCUGAGCUACAACCACCCAGGAGAAGCAGGAGUGAAGGUGCUGUUGGCUGGACUGAAUGAUCCAAAUUGGAGUCUGAGGACUCUCAGGGUGGACCCUGCUGGAGUCCGAUGGUUGAAACCAGGUCUGAGGAAGUAUUCCUGUCAGCUCACAAUCAACACAAACACAGUGAACAAAGAGCUCAAACUGUGUGAAGACAACAGGAAGGUGACAGUUGAUAAAAAGCUCCAAUAUCCUGAACAUCCAGACAGAUUUGAUUGGUGGCCCCAGUUUCUGUGCACAAAUGGUUUGACUGGUCGUUGUUACUGGGAGGUUGAGUGGGAAGAAAAGAUUAUUGUAGCUGUUAGCUACAACAAAAUUAGGAAAAAAGGAAAUAGUGUGAACUGCAGGUUUGGAUGGAAUGAUGUGUCCUGGAGUCUCAGCUGCUCUCACAGUGGUUUUCUGGUCCGACACAAGAAAAUACAAAAAAGUAUUUCUCUGUCCUCCUCCUCCUCCUCCUCCACCUCCUCCUCCAUCUCCAACAGAGUAGCAGUGUAUGUGGACUGUCCUGCUGGCAUUCUGUCCUUCUACAGAGUCUCCUCUGACUCACUUAUCCACCUCCACACUUUCAACACCACAUUCACUGAACCUCUUUAUCCUGGGUUUGGGUUCUGGUCUGGGUUUGGAUCAUUGGUACCUGGUUCUUCAGUGUCUCUUUGUAUUUAGUAAGGUUAUUAUAUAUUUAAGACACUAGUCUGAAUUGUAAAGAAGAUGUAACUGAUAAGACAGCUCCAUAUAAAUGUGUAUAUAGGGUGAUGUUGUGUGAACAGCAUUUAUUGAUGCAGAACAUAUACAUAACAGUGAUUACGUUCCAGCUGGAGAUUUCCUUGGAUUCUUUUGAAAGGAAAACCACCCAGACGUGUUAGGACUUGAUUUAAAAUUAAAAAUUCCUUUUGAUAAAUAAAACUGCUGUCAUCUUAAAGGUGGGGAAUGGAUAGCAGAGCCACAGGCUCAGCACAGCUAGGAGCUGACCAAAAUGAAAUGGUAAACGGACUGAACUUUAAAGUAAUUUGUAUUCAGUUAAGUUAUAUCAUUUAUCAUACCAAGCACACAAAGCACUUUUACAAUACAAAUACAAACCACCCAUCCCCCCUUACAAGUUCCCAUACAUAUCCCGAAACACAGAUCAAUAGGCAACCUGUGGUUUUAGUGUCUGUUCCGAGGAAACCUUUAUUCCAAGACUGCUACUCUUCCCACUGAGACACAGCUGCCCCAAUAAACUGUUUCAUCACUGCUUUUUCCAGCUACUGUUCAUCAUUCGGAAAUCAGAAUAGUUUAUUGACAACUGCUAGCACACAUGUGGCCUGUACACCGUGAGGAAGAAACUGCUGUGUUUUUUACUAUUAAUCCAUCUGAAAUGCUGUACCAGUGGUUACAGCAGUUAGCAUUUUAUUGUGCAGUUGACAAAAAGGUGACUAUAAAUCAGCUACAGGUGUAUCCUGUCUGUGCAUGUCCUGAUUUUAUGGUACAUUUCUAAGCUAAAGCCCAAAGCAGUAAUGGAAGUGGAGGGAACUACCACCACCCAAGAGUUGGUUACCAUGGAGACUCUGAACACAGUCUGAUGAAGAGACUUUGCUGAACAAGGAGCCACGAAGAUGGCUGAGGCAAGUACUCCUGCUGUUUGGGCAUCAAUUGAUGAGAUGAAUAGUGGUCCCUACCAAGAACUGUUUAAAUCUUCCAACAUCUGAAGGACGAUGUGGAUUCAUCAUUGGGCAAGAGAAGCAAUUUCUUUGCUGUAGAUGUGUCUUGUAAUGUAGUUCUAUCAGCUAUCAGCUUUCUUAUGUAGUACCUCAAAACAUCACUUUUUUAAACUGCCUGACUCCACAGCCAUAAACAAUAAUAGUGCUAUAUUCCAUAACUAUCUGUUCUUGUGACGGUUGUAAAUUUUGAAUUAAAGUCUUUUUUGACUAAUACUGAUAACCUGUCAAAUGUUCAUUCUAGUUUAUGGAUAGAACACUUUACAGUAUUAAACUACAGAAGGUAUUUUAUUAAAGCUCUAACAAAACAA